AUGGCUGAUUCGUCAUUGAUCAGACCAGAUCAUCUGAUUUUUGAAGGAAAUGUUGCUAUUGAAUAUGAUUUUUCAAAGGGAAGAGGGCGGAGAAAAAAAGAAUAUCUUACACAUGAGCCUGCUGAAUGUGUCGUUGAUGCUGAGUCUCGUGAUGAUCCAGAACGCCUGAAAAGAAAAUUUGCUGAAAUAUGCAUAUAUAUCCAAGUCAAACAUAGGACUAACACACGACUAAGAGCUGUGGAAGACAAACUUGGUGUCAAGAUCAAGCUUGAAGAAUGCCCGAAAUCUGGAACAUCCGGAAUAUACACGAUAUACGGAAUAGCUUAUCCAGAAGGUUUAUCAGUUUAUUGCGAUACGCAGACUGAUGGAGGAGGAUGGGUUGUAAUUCAACGUCGUUUCAAUGAAAAACUGAAUUUUGACAGAGAAUGGGAUCAAUAUGUCAAAGGAUUUGGAACACUAUCCGGUGAAUUUUGGCUUGGUAAGAUCAAAUUUUUAAUGGGUGGUACAUCGAGUAAUUAUCAGCUUACUGCAUCCGGAUAUUCCGGUACUACCGGGGAUUCCCUCUCCCAUCACAGCGGAAUGGCGUUCAGUACAAAGGAUAUGGAUAACGAUACAGAUGAUGACGGAAACUGUGAUAAAGACCUAAAAGGUGGUUGGUGUUUCACUGGCUGCAAUCUCUCUCAUCUGAAUGGCGUAUAUUACAAAGGUGGACAUUACCCAGUCGGUCUUCAUACAGUUCAAGAUGGCGCAUCUUGGUACUAUUGGAAAGAUACAAAGUUGUACUCAAUGAAGACAACAGAAAUGAAAAUUCGUUUGAAGAAUUAG